UCGCCCCUUCAUAUCACUGGCAGCGGCAGCCUGGUCUGGGUGGUGUGACAGCUCAAGUCAAGUACCAGAGCGAAGUUAUAAAUAAAUGUCAAGGAUUCUAAAAUGUCUGCUGGCAGAUGUUUGAUGGAGGCGGCCAUUUUCCCGUAGACCGCGAUUGCGGCCUACGCAGCGAACAGACCCUGGUUUUUGUUUGUUUGUUUUUUAAAGUUGGAGUCCUCACUAUGGCUAACGAGCUUGAUGUGUUUGUGGGAAAUACCACCCUGAUUGAUGAAGAGGUAUAUCAGCUCUGGCUGGAUGGAUACACAGUGAGCGAUGCUGUCAAUAUUCGGCUGAAGAGUGGGAUCCUAGAUCAGACUGGAGCAGGCCCUGAUGUCCUGGAGAGUGACACAAUGGACCAUUACCGUACAUUUCAGAUGAUUGAAAGGCUCCUUCAUUACCCCCCAAAACUGGUGCAGCAGCUGCUCUUCCAGAUACCGCCUUACAAGCAGAGCAUGUUGAUUGAGAGGUACUAUGCUUUUGAUGAGGCUUUCGUCCGGGAAGUUCUUGGAAAGAAGCUCUCUAAAGGGACUAAGAAAGAUCUAGAUGACAUAAGUGCAAAGACUGGGGUGACCCUGAAAAGCUGCAGGAGACAGUUCGAUAAUUUUAAGCGAGUGUUUAAGGUAGUAGAAGAGAUGAGGGGCGCCCUUGUUGAAAACAUUCAGCAGAAUUUCCUGUUGUCCGACAGACUGGCCAGAGAUUAUGCUGCCAUAGUUUUUUUCGCAAACAGUCGCUUUGAAACAGGCAAGCGGAAGCUCCAGUACCUCACAUUUGAGGAUUUUGCCUCCUGUGCCGAGCAUCUUAUCCAGAGCUGGACUCUGGGAGCAGUAGAUGUAGCAGAAGACAUGGAUAUGGAUUUGGAUAAGGAAUUUCUCCAGGAUCUGAAGGACCUGAAGAUCUUAAUAACAGAUAAAGACCUUCUGGAUCAACACAAGAGUUUGGUGUGUACAUCACUCAGAGGAAAAAUUGGGAUAUUUCAUGAAAUGGAGGCAAAUUUUAAGACACUCUCUAGGGCUUUGGUAAACAUUGGAACCAGCCUGACCCAUAAUAAAGACGUAAGAGAUUUCUUCAUUGACCUCGUGGAAAAGUUUAUAGAACCCUGUAAAGCUGCUAACUGGUCUUUCUCGGACGUCCAGCUGUUUCUCACUCAGUACACAGCAUCUGCUCGCGCUCUUGAUGCCUUCAAGCAGCUGGCUCUCUGGGAGAGGUACAUGGGCACCUUACGGAGCUGUCUGUUGAAAAUGUAUCACAAUUAAUCGCUACCCUGAUUUAAUGCAUGACCAUAAGGUAGUUCAAAGUCUAUUUCUGCUAAAAACAAUAUUUACUAUUUAAGGGAAAAAUCAGGUGAAUCAGUCACUACCAGGCUGCUUCCCUCCAAGCGCAUGUGUCCUGUCCUGAAGACAUUCCUGAUUAUAUGUCCCUUAUUUUUGUAGUAUGCUAUGUAUAUAUGUAAAUAUGUACUGUAUAUCAAUCCUGCACCUUUUUUUGAUAAAUAAAAAAAAACAUGUAAAACGG